AUGGCGCAGAACACGCCCUUGCCGGCGGCAGCACCGCUCCACGACGCCGCCGGUGUCGGCGACGCCGUGGCUGUAGCCGACUUGCUGAAAGACGGCGCUGACCGUAACGCCAGAGUCGAUCGCGAAGGCUAUUCAUACAGCGAUGGAGCAACCGCCCUCCACAUUGCCGCAAGGGAAGAUCAUCUGUCAGUAGCUGUGGUCCUGCUCGCGGCAGGAGCAUGGCCAGACGUGACGAAGAUUGCGAAGAUCCAACUCCACUUCACGAGGCCUCCGCGCGGGGGGCGUGUUGAAGUCGCCAAGGCUCUCUUGAAAGCGGGAGCGGGAAAGGAUAUUUUUGCCUCCUUCGGCACGGGCGGACCUCGCCUCACCGCCCUGGAUCUCGCAGUGGAAAACGGCCACCUUGAGGUGGUGCGUACGCUGGCCGAGGCCGGAGCAGAUGUCAACCUUAUCUACGAGGACCGUUAUGUCGAAGUUCCUCCCCUGGUCACUGCCGCGAAACAGGGAAAUGUAGAUGUGGCGCUCGUCCUGCUUGACGCGGGGGCUGACGUGAACGGCUUUGGGCAGGACGGAUUUUCCGCCUUGCACCAAGCGAAAGACGUCCGCGUGAUGGAGGUUCUGCUCAACGCCGGGGCAGACAUUGAGCAAGGCAUUACUACGGACUACGACAGCCACGGAAUGUGGGUUACGGAUUGGAGGUCGGGGGCUGCCUUGUCCUCCGAGGACGACAUCGAGCGAGCGACGGCAAUGGUUCAACUCCUUCUUCGUCGCGGAGCAAAGAUCGACUCGAAAGCAGGAUGCGUGGGGCACUGCCUGCGCACAGGAGCCCGCGGACCCCCUCUGUCAGCGGCAGUGUACAGUGGUACCACGGCAAUAUGUGCAGCUCUCAUCGACAAGGGGGCCGACCUGGAUGCAACGGACUGGGAGCUCCAAGACUUCGACGUCGACAGCGAUGUCAAAAUUCGCCCGAUCCAUGACGCGGCCCGCUUUCGGGGCGUGGACAUCCUGCGUCUACUUCUUGGCGCCGGUGCGGGUGCGAAUAGCUUGUCGAACUUCCGGCGGGGUGAUGAUCUCGAGCGGUGGGGUACACCGUUGCACGUAGCGUGUCGCUACUCGCAACUGGGGUGUGUUCGUGAGCUGCUUCGGUGGGGAGCGGACGUGUGGGCGGAGGAGAAACAAUCCGGCGGGGAGGAGGAGGAGCAGGAGCAGGACGAGGAGGAGAAAGCACCCUGUGAAUGCGAGUCAUGUUUGCCGCAAUCAGCUGGUUGCGGCAAGGCUCCGGCAGAAGUGAUCGGUCUGCGAGAUGUGGUAACCCAAUGA